AUGACGGUGAGGAACGCGAUAAGAUUGAGGGUCGCGCCCGCAUCAUCGUCGCCGGCGUUCUCGAGGCUCCCAACCAACGCGUACCCCGCCGCCGUCGUCCAGCAUAUCUCCAGGUCGUCCAAAAUGGCUCGCAAUGAGGAAAAGGCACAGUCUAUGCUUUACCGAUUCCGCGAAGCCCAAGCGGCGGAAUUGGGCUUAGGCACUCGUGCAGACCGCCGACCUAGAGUGGCCAGCACAUGUAAAAGCUUGCGAGAAUGUGAGCGGUGGCGAGGAGAAAUUCUGAGGGAGAUCAGUAGAAAGGUUUCCAAAAUCCAAGAUGCUGGUUUAACCGACUAUGAGGUUCGAGACCUCAACGACGAGAUUAACAAACUUCUGCGCGAGAAGAGACAUUGGGAGAACCAGAUCAUCGCACUGGGAGGUGCCAAUUACCGCAGGAAUGUCGCCAUGUUGGAUGAAGACGGCAAAGAGGUACCGGGGACCAAAGGCUACAAAUAUUUCGGACGCGCAAAGGACCUUCCUGGCGUGCGCGAAUUGUUCCAGAGCCGGAAGACCGAAGAAGAGGAAGAGAAUCGAGUAUUCGCCCACUACAAGCGUUUCUUGAACCAAGGGCCAGCUUAUUACGGAGAUUUGGAUGAAUCAAACCCCAAAUUACUGGAAUACGAACAGACUGCCGAGGAAGAAGAUUGGGAGGAAGCAUGUCUGAACGUAUAUGGCGCCCUUGGUUUACCUGCUGAAGAUAUCCCCAAACUUCCACGGCCAGAGGCAACCGCGGAGCAUCCGGAAUCUACAUCUUCCAGCGCUGCUUCGAAACGGAAAGCAGAUUCCCAAGAUUCAGAGGACGCGGAGAUGGACGACGCCUCAAAACGGACAAAAACCGAAAAUGCACCGCCGUCUGGAACCUCCUCGACUGCCUCCGACAACGAUGUCGCUCGGGCCCAUGCCCAAGCAGCCGCCUCCUAUAUCCCUUUCCUCCAGCCCGAAAACCUUCUCCCUCCCAAAUUACCUUCGAGAGAGGAAAUGGAGAAGGUGCUGCUGGAUCUACGGAAGAAGGCCCUGGUGGAAGAAUACUUUGGAAACGAAGCCAAUGGCUCAUGACUCGUCUCCUAAUCUUCGUGACCAUGCGUUCUUCACCCUGUACGAUAUAACUCUUUUCAUCUGUUGUACUUUGCAAUUAACCAUCUUCUCCUGGCUC